ACCCAAUCUGAGUUUCCUGACUCAGAGGUUUCGGAGGGUGCAAACACUUUUUCCCCACAGUUAAAGCAAAAGCACCAUUUCAAAGAGCUUCUUUGGAGAAAACUUGAGAACUCAUCAACUCCUUCAAAAGAAGCCUUCCCAACUUUAAGGUGUUGUGGUCACCUAGGCCCCAGACCCUCUUGAUAUGAACAUGGCUGACUCUCAGGACAAUGCUCUGAGGAUUGUUCUGGUAGGGAAAACUGGAAGUGGGAAAAGUGCAACAGCAAACACCAUCCUCAGGAAAAAAGUAUUUGCUUCUAAAAUUUCUGCCCAUGCUGUUACCCCGACCUGUCAAAAAGCAUCUGGGGAAUGGAAGGGGAGGAACCUUCUUGUUGUUGACACCCCGGGGCUCUUUGACACCAGGAAGAGCCUGGAGACCACCUGUGGGGAAAUCAGCAAGUGUGUCCUCUACUCCUGCCCUGGGCCUCACGCCAUCGUCAUGGUUCUGCAGCUGGGCCGCUACACAGAGGAAGAGCAGAAAACCGUUGCGUUGAUCAAAAAUCUCUUUGGGAAGGCAGCCAUGAAGCACAUGAUCAUCUUGUUCACUCGAAAAGAUGAUUUGGAGGGUCAGAGCCUAAGUGACUUUAUAGCAGAGGCAGAUGUGAAGCUAAGAAACGUCAUCCAGGAGUGUGGGAACCGCUACUGCGCCUUCAACAACAGAGCAGACGAAGCUGAGAAGGAAGCUCAAGUGCAGGAGCUGGUGGAGCUGGUGGAGAAAAUGGUGCAGAACAACAGAGGGGCUUACUUUUCAGAUCCCAUCUACAAGGACACAGAGAAAAGGCUGCAAAGACGGACAGAGGAGUUGAAGAAAAUCUACUUUGAUCAAUUAAAUAACAAAAUUAAACAAGCAGAAAAUGAGUAUGCUGGUAAACCACAGCAAGAAAAAGAGGAAAAAGUUAAAUUUCAUAAGAGGAAAUAUGAUGAACAAAUGAGCAAUAUAAGGCAAGAGGCUGAGAGUAAUAUAUUCCAAGACAUUUUAAAUGAGAUUAUGAAGAUACUUUCAAAAAUAUGGCAUAUGUUUUGGUGGUAAUGUAAAUUUCUUUUUUUUCUUAAUUUACUGUGAUUGUUAAUGCAGUGGAUUAUAUUUUCCAAAGAUGGCCACAACAAUAUUUUCUAUCCUACUUAUUCUUCUUACAAUCUGACCUUGUUACUCCUUCCAUUGAGUUAUGGGAUCUGUGUCCCCUACCC